CACCCUAGUAAACUCCGCACCAUAUAAAACUCAAAACAAACACGACCUUAUUACGAACUCAAAUUCUCUCUCCUCCAACAUCCAACACUUCCACUGCCACUCUCACUCUCUCUCCUCUUUCUUACAAUGACAUCUUCUCUAAUUCUCCCUUCAAUUUCCCUAAAAAAGUCCCCAUUAAAUUGCUCUCAAUCUUUAAGAACCCACAAUAUUUCAAGCUUCGUUGGAUUUAAAAAUGGCGUUCUCAAAUUUAAUCCUCGUAAUACAGAUGGAGCUAGGGUUUUUAUGAGUGUUUCUGCUGGAUCUCCUUCUCAAACUGCUGUUAAUGAUGCUUUAUUCUCUGAUUAUAAACCUUCUUCUGCUUUUCUAUUUCCUGGGCAGGGAGCUCAAGCUGUAGGAAUGGGUGCAGAGGCUCAGAAUGUACCUGCAGCUUCUGCCUUGUUUAAGAAAGCUAAUGACAUUCUGGGCUUCGAUCUUUUGGAGAUAUGCACCAGUGGACCAAAGGAAAAGCUUGAUUCGACUGUAUUAAGUCAGCCAGCUAUCUAUGUUACAAGUUUAGCCGCUGUUGAGAUAUUGCGUGCUCGUGAGGGAGGCCAACAGAUAAUUGAUUCUGUGGAUGUGACAUGUGGUUUAAGUUUGGGAGAAUACACUGCUCUUGCAUUCGCCGGAGCUUUCAGCUUUGAGGACGGAUUGAAGCUAGUGAAGCUAAGGGGUGAAGCUAUGCAGGCUGCUUCUGAUGCUGCAAAAAGUGCAAUGGUGAGUGUCAUUGGCCUAGAUGCUGAGAAGGUUCAAAAUCUGUGUGAUGCUGCAAAUGAAGAAGUUGCAGAAGAAGAAAGAGUUCAGAUAGCAAAUUUUCUCUGCCCCGGAAACUAUGCAGUGUCUGGAGGUGUAAAAGGAAUUGAGGCAGUAGAAGCCAAGGCAAAAUCCUUCAAGGCUCGGAUGACGGUGCGAUUGGCAGUUGCUGGUGCGUUUCACACUAGAUUCAUGGAACCAGCUGUCUCAAGAUUAGAAGCCGCAUUGGCUGCAACAGAGAUCAGGACACCGCGGAUACCAGUCAUUUCAAAUGUCGAUGUGCAGCCCCAUGCAGAUCCCGACACUAUUAAGAAGAUAUUGGCACGACAGGUGACUUCUCCAGUUCAAUGGGAAACGACAUUGAAGACUCUUCUGGACAAAGGCUUGAACAAGAGCUACGAAUUGGGACCUGGAAAGGUAAUUGCGGGUAUCAUGAAGAGAAUCAACAAAGCUGCUGAGAUAGAGAACAUCAAUGCUUGAAAGAAAUGAAGCAUCGCGUAAAUUAAAUUGUACCAAACAUUAGACUUGCACAUUUGCGAGAGUAGAUUUUUGUCACUGUUUAGACUUUAGAGCAACAUCACCUGUCGAACGAAAUCUAAUUUAAACCUGUUGUAAACUUCGUAAUAAACGAUUAUUUUUAGCAUUCGAAA